GCGGGUAUUACGAGGAUUAGUUUCGGCCUAAGUAAGGAAAUCGUCGCCCUAAGUAUAAUAAAAAUAAAAACGUACUUUAGAAUAAUAACUUUUUAUAUUUUACCUAUUAAUACCCUAUUUCUCUUAUAUUUGAAAAACAUAGAUCGAUUAGGUAUUAUAUUUAAUAAUACGAAGAAUAGAAUCUCUAGUAGUAAGUAUUUUGAAAUAAUUGAACGACGAUGGGGGUAUAUAUUUAUAAAGCUUAUUAAUAAUACGAAGUUAAUUAAUUACUUAAUAGAAAGUAAGCUUAGAAAACUAUACUAA